CAGACCGACUGCUUCCAUGGAACAUGAAUAUAAAACUGUGUUUUUAGACGACCUCACCUGAGAUACAGAGCAGCUAGACCAAAAGAAUAAUCAAAUAUAUUAAUGACGAUAUUUCCAUCAGCUGUUUUUUCCCCCCAUAUUUGAUCAUCCAUAGCAUACAUGCAUUUUCUUUGGCAGGCGUCAUAUAUGUGCGCGACACAACCCGUGGAGGACUCUGCUCAUAUCCUGUUUUUAACAACGGCAUCAACGGGGCGUUCUGCAGAACAGAGGCUGGUCAGACGGCCGCCAUCAUCUUCCUGUUUGUCACCAUGGUCAUUUAUCUGAUUGGAGCCAUUGUGUGUCUCAAGCUGUGGAGACAUGAAGCUGUACGCAGAUAUAGGGAGAAGUACGGCUGCGAGAUGUUGUCCACUGAGAGGCCAGCUGCUCAUCCAUUAGUUCCGGCUCCGGCUCUGGCUCCGGCUCCAGUUCAGGUCCAAGGGUCUUCAGUGGUUCCCAUCCAUGGUGUUCCCAAAGCAGUGCCAGCAAAAGUUUUACAGGGAGCUAUUCCAUCAGGCCACAUUCCAAAACCUGUCAUCGUUCCUGACUACAUCGCUAAAUACCCAACGAUAAAGACCGAUGAGGAGCGAGACCAGUACAGAGCCGUGUUCAACGACCAGUACGCCGAGUACAAAGAGCUCCACUCUGAGGUGCAGUCUACGAUGAAGAAGUUUGAUGAGAUGGACGCCAUGAUGAACAGUCUGCCCCAACACGCCUCCAGCCACAUGGAGGUUGAUCGCAUUAACAGAAUUCUUCAAGAAUACCAGAGAAAAAAGAAAGAUCCAACAUUUCUGGAGAAGAAAGAGCGAUGUGACUACCUGAAGAACAAACUGUCUCACAUCAAACAGAAGAUCCAAGAAUAUGACAAAGUCAUGGAGUGGAACGACGGCUACGGCUAGACCGCAGUAGCACCUUCCCUCCACAGCACUACCGUUACAGACAUAUAUUCACAAUUAUGCCAGUAAUGAUGCUGAAGAUCACAUUUCCAACACUGAAGCACCACAUUUACAGUCCACUGUGUUUGUUUUAAUAUAACAGUGACUCUCAUCUCAUCAUACAGAAAAGCUGUUUGAAAAAUACAUAUCCUAGACCAGACAUCUGCCACAUAUUAAUUUGUAACACUAACAACAAGAUCCACCGUCUGCUUUCAAAGAAAUGGGUGGAAAAACGUGAAUCCACUACAUCCAACGAUACUAGCAACGAUGUAUAUAAAUUAAAGCAAAAAAAAGUCACUACGUUGAGCUCCGAAACUGCUGCAAACGAUCCCCUCCAAUCAGUUGUUAAUGUUAAUGUGUCUUUUUUAGCUGUAGCGUCUGAUUAUGUUAAUAUGUUAAUGACUGUGAAAUAUGUUUCAUUGAACCAUCAGUGGUGAAAUUAGUGAAUCUGGUAAAAGAAAAAACAUCAACAACAGCUUAUUGUCUUUUACCCCAGUGAUGUUUUUUUUACCUGUGGCUUUAAUUGAAACUAGUUAUAAAUGUCUGUUGUUUUAUUGUAUUUCUGUGUUUAACAAAGCCCACAUUUACAACCACAGUGGUGGGUGUUUUCAGCUUACAUUAAUAACAUUGAUUGACCUUCCUGGUGGAGUGGAGCUGUGGACAAUGCUAACUCAUUCAUUCUUUGUGAUGGUAACAUUGUUUGCUUUGGGUUUGCUCAUUCUUGGAACUAUCCCGUAGCACUUCCCCUAAGGUUAAAGAUCCCUCCUUACACUUCACCCUGCGCCUCUACCUCAACCUGAUGUGUAAACACUUCACCUACUGUACAUUUGAAUCUCCCACGUUGCUGUUGCUAGAGGUAGAGCUGAGGGUGAAUUGAGUUUCUUUAAAGAGAUACCCUUUUUAAGGAUUGUUUUUUUUUGUACAAAUAAUUAAUGUUGUUGAAUGAAAAUGUCAACGUGCACCUUUGUCUAAAAACAUGUAAAAUGUGCUGCAUUUUUUAUGGUUUUUGGUCUUUAUGUUAACCAGGAAAGCAAGCUAGCUGUGUCCCAAAACAUCAAGUUAUACCCGUACACUGGACUGAGUGUGUUUUCUGUGUGUAUGUAAAACUGUAACCACAGAAGCUAAAGUUAACCACGUUAUCUCUGACAUUACUGGUGUCAGAUGUGAAUGUUUUUCCCUGUACUUAAUAGGAGUGCUGCAGGUUUACGUUUGGUCCUGGUUCACCUUUUAAAAUAUUAUUACCUUUCUGUUGUUUGUGUUAUUUGUCACAUGUCCACAUAAAUUUCACAUUAUCAAUCCUUAAAAAUACCACUACUCGCUUGGAAGAGAGAUGAUUGGUUUUAAUUGCAAGCAUUUGUUUGUAACGUGCAGCUGAAUCUAAAAAUCUACAUGUACAAUGUUGUGUUUUUUGUUUUGACACUGUUUGCAUUUCACUGAGUAACUUUUUUUUACUUUAUUGUUACAUGGGAUUCCUCAAUUGCAAAUAUAUAUUUACGCCCAUGCUUUUUUCAUACCAAACUAAUCAGCUAAAUGGAAAUGCUGAAUUUAAUUUUUCCAUUGUCUUUUAUAAGUAACUGGAACUGUAAGUAAUUGACUCUACGUGUCCAUUUACUUUCAUAAUUUAAAUGUUUGGUGCUUCCUGGUUUGAAUACAAUUCUGCCUGUAUGAAA